GACUGGAAAAAUUAGAGUGCAGAGUCUGAAGAUUGGAUUGAUAUCUCUCUCCAAAGGUCUCCUAGAAGAUAAAUACAGAUAUCUCUUUAAAGAAGUGGCGGGACCGACAGAAAUGUGUGACCAGCGGCAGCUGGGCCUGUUACUUCAUGAUGCCAUCCAGAUCCCGCGGCAGCUGGGGGAAGUCGCGGCUUUUGGAGGCAGUAAUAUUGAGCCUAGUGUUCGCAGCUGCUUCCAGCAGAAUAACAACAAGCCAGAGAUAAGUGUGAAAGAGUUUAUAGAUUGGAUGCAUUUGGAACCACAGUCCAUGGUUUGGCUGCCGGUUUUACAUCGAGUGGCAGCAGCUGAGACUGCAAAACAUCAGGCCAAAUGCAACAUCUGUAAAGAAUGUCCAAUUGUUGGAUUCAG